AUGGGCAGCUACCUGGGCAAAGCGGGGUCCUCGCCGCGGUCCCCAGCACAGGGGCUCGCAGACGCACGGGAGAAGCCCGGGACCCGCCGACCCGCCAGGCCCCUCUACCAGGUCCACCGUGUGCAGCAUGUCCACCGCGCCCAGCCCGCCCGGAGACACAGGCCGGCCCGGAGGCCGCCCAACUGGGAUCCCUCAAACCCUGCCGCUUUCGUCAGUGAGGCCUGGAGGCGCUUCCCCAUGAAGAGGCCACAGAACCCCAUCAUGGGCUCUCUUCCUUCAGACUGGUGGGAAAGUUACCUGAAGCGUAAUAUUUGGUCCCUUCGUCACCCUCGGGCGACAUGGAGUCCAGUGACAGUCAAGAUCUCGCCUCCUGAGCGGAGACCGCGGCCCUUGUUCCCGGUCUCAGGAGUGGUGAACUCUGCUGGACCUUCAGAGGAGCCACCAGGGCCCUGUGGAAAGGACCCGGUGCUGAGGGCCCUCCUCGAGUGCAGGAAGGGCAGAGGCAGGUGGGAAGAACCACUGUUCCCUGACAGCUCCGAGAGUCAAAGGCAUUCAGCCACCGUAUGGUCUGCCUUUAAGCCCCUGUUGAAAAGUGGGACCACUGUUUCGUUUGUGGCCAGGCCCGGGUCUCUGAAAAGGAGCCCCCAUGUCCAGAGCUCAGAUCAUAAAUGUAAGAGGUCCAGUUGCUCCUCUGUGGCCCUCUUGGCUAGCAUACACACCCGAGGCCCCCCCAGCACGAAAAGAAAUGCUAUUACCAGCUCUUACAGUUCUUCUAGAGAUCUCUCAGCAUCUUGGAAAAGACAUUUUUCCAGGACAUCGGUCCAGGCCCCAGAAUGGCCAUUGAAAAAGACGGGGAAAAGUCCUAAUUCUCACCUCUUAGUCACACCCAGCAGUUCCGGACAGCUAAAUGGAAAGAUUCCUCUUCUGCAAUCUGGUCCUAGGGACCUGCUGACUAUACCUUGCCAGCAAGGUCCUGUUGUCACUGAAGAGGACCCAACAUUAGAAGGGCAAGCUGUGCCCAACAGCCAAACCACAGAAGCUACAACUGGGACAGCCAGAGACUUCAUUCCAGAGAUGAGGGCUGGGACGCAGCCUCCCUUAUCUCUCAGUCGGUCUUCUUCCGAGACAGUACUUAGUGCCCACGUGAACCCUCAGCUGGAAAGCUUAAAGAAUAUGCCUGCCCCACACGGGUGCUCACCCUUAGAGCACAUGCAAGGCGUCUCUUCAGACUCAAAACCCUCAGUCGCUUCUAUCCAGGCGUCUCCGAGCUCUCCCACAACACCAGUCACUGAUUCCACCUGGCCAUCUUCAGUCCCUCAGGCUCACAGGUCUGCUGUGCCCCCACACGCAUCUGUCCUUAGCCCCAAAGCACCCACCACACAAAGCACUUUGGUUGGGGUGGUGAGUAGCCCAGUCCUCCAUCUCCCUGCAUCUGUACUUCCUGUGGAGACAGCUGCUCGCUUGGCCUUGAGACCUGUCUGGGGGCCUGUGCACAGUACUGAGGUUAGAAGUGCCUCUUACUCCAGAAUGUCUGUCACAGCUGAGGCAUCUUCAAGCUCUUCUCUCUCCACAGCCCCAGGUAUCUCAAGGCCCACCUUCAAGCCUGUCUUUGGCAGUAUAGAACCGCUUACAACUAUGUCUGAGACAGCUCCUGUGUCCACCAGUCAGCCCUCUCCUUCACUGAGUUCUGGUUCCACCCAUCUUUUCCACAGCCUAGCCGCCACAGCCCCCUGUGUGGUUACAUCUGCCAUUCCAGCCAGCAAGUCCAAAGGCCCUGGGGUGGAUUUGGACAUAGUGACCAGCACCACGGGCAACUCUUGCUCUGUCCCUUCUUGUGACACUUUCCUGCUUGGAGCUUCCCAGGACUUUCCCUCAGCCACAGAUUUAAUUUUCCCUUCCCCACACCCCACGAUUCCCACAGUACACACAGUCACCAUCUUUAGCCAGGUCCUUACUAGUGCCAUCAAGAUUUCCCCCCUCAGGAGCACUGAGAAGCUGAAGGGGGUGAGCCGCACUCUGGCAACUGUGGGCUUAUCAUCCACGAGCCAGCCUCUGGGGACCUCCAGCAUCUCCAAUGUGACUUCAGAACUCACAGCGUCUUUGGGGUCAAGGCCAAAGUCACCCCUCCCACCAUCCCAAAGAAAUGGUUCUCCGCCUUCACCUGGGGCCAUAGUUGGGCUAAAGCCAUUUUCUCUCCAGCUAGCUCCAGCCCAAGGCUUCAGUACCUCUUUCCUUUCAGAGAACUCAGGUGUGUCCCCAACCCAGAUGUUACCACCUGCUCAGCUGGUCCUUAGCAAGACCACACAGCCAGCGUGUGGGGGGGUGCCGUCUUCAGCACCCGUUACCCACGCGCCUGCCACCAGCCAGUCAGGCUUUGGCAGCACUCUGGCUGGGUUUCCACUCAGCAAAGCCAGGUCCACUGCCCUUAGGGUUGUCAGGCAGAACCACCAGAGUGUGACCUACAGUUCGGUAUUUGGCAGCACAGCCCCGAGACCUUUUGCUUUUGGAGGGUUAGUGACCCCUAUGGAUUGUGGGGAGUCUGAGGUCAUUGCAGCCACCCCACAAAGGAACACGUCUGGAGCGAGGCAGACUGUGACCUCGAGCACCCUAGCGCCCUUUGUGCAGUGCUGGAGCCAGGGCAUGCAGGGCCCCCCUAACCAGAUCACACCUUUGGCUGGCGUUCCUGCAAGAAAGAUCAUGUCUGGGGCUCCUUCCCUGGUCCCCUUUGCUCAAAGUACUCGUGUACCCGGGGCAGUUAAUGCAGGUAGCAGUCUUGGCUUUGGGAUGUCCUCUCCAACUGGGCAGGGUUCUGUGGGGAGAGAGCCUUUCAGAUCGUUGGAACCUUCAUUCUGUAUUGGUACAAAAUCAAAAACCCUAAGGAACCGGGAGCCAGGACGCUCCCGGAAACACCACACUUACAAGAAAUAA